AAGGGUUUCUGUCGAUACCUUAUCUACACUAUGCAUUAUAAAAACUGAUGCGUGUCACAUAGCAUGUCAGUUUGUUCUCCAGCAAUAACUUGGUAACGAGCAGGAUGGAGAAAUACGCGCUAAUAGCUCUUUUGCUAGUGUUUAGCCUUGUUCAAGCGGGCAAUUGCGCUGUGGGAUCCAGAUUGGAACACGAUUUAUCGCCGUUAUCAGCGUUCCGGCAAAAGCAAAGCCGCGAAUUUAGUUGUCCACCUGAGGAUGGAUUCUACGGAAUCCCAGGAGAGUGCAGUUCAUCGUACUACGCUUGUGUGGGAGGAACAGCGAUUCUUCAACAAUGUUCAGGAACGGAAGUUUUCGACCCAGAGAUUAAAAAGUGUGUUCCUUACGCAGACGCUUCCUGUAACAAUGGUCAGACUACUACACCAACGACCACUACAACUACUCCUACAACUUCAAGGACCACGACCAGCGCGCCGGGUGAAUUUACUUGUCCGGCUCCCGAUGGAUUUUUCCCCAUACCCGGGACAUGUGACAGUGAAUAUUAUAUCUGCGUAGGAGGAAAUCCAACCCUAACAAAUUGUCCCGGAGAUACUAUUUUUGACCCAGAAACCUUAAAAUGUGUGGCACCUGGUGAUGCCUCAUGCUUUCAAACAUUCACCUGUCCUACUCCAGAAGGCUUUUACCCAAUACCGGGCACCUGCUCCAGUGAUUUUUAUGUAUGCGUGUCAGGAUCUCCCUACGUUUCGACAUGUCCAAACGGAAAUAUUUUUGAUCCAGAAACGCUCAUAUGUACACCCCCUGAUGAAGCUUCAUGCUCGGUAGUGUUUACUUGCCCCUCGUCGGAAGGCUACUUCACUGUUACGGGCGCUUGCAACAAAAAUUAUUAUUCAUGCAUUGCUUUCCAUCCCUAUUCAAUGACUUGUCCGGGAGCUACCAUCUUUAGCCCUACCCUGCUGUCUUGUAUCAUGGAAGAAAAUGACUUGUGCUGAAUGUUCGGAUCGUACAAGUUCACCCGUUAUAAGAG